AUGGGGUUGAUUGUAGAGCUAGAUAGGGGGGAUAGGUUGAAAGGGUUGAACAACGAGGUCUGGGACCCGUUGCCUCCAGAUGUGGAGGAACACGAGGAUGAGGAGAUGCACGAUCAAGAGCAUCCGGCGCAGCAGCACCAGCCACAGACGCCACCACAUUCACCGCAGCACCAUGCAUUCCACCAGCAUCAGGAGUGGCCAGAGUUCUACCAGCAGUUCCAGCAGAUGCGAAUGACGCAGGAGCAGCAUGGUACUUACAUUGACCAGAUUAGAUCGAGCCAGGAUGAGAUUCGGGCCAGUCAGGAUCAGCUUCAGGCCACUCAGGACCAGCUUCGGCAGAGCCAGGGUACUCUAUACCAGGGGCUGAGUGCGGGAUUUUCAUAUCUUUUCGGGGAGAUGCAUCUUGCAUACCCCGACUACUUUCAGCACCCUCCACAGUUCCCACCGUGGAACCCCCCUAGUUAUGGCGAUGCGGGUCCGUCCUUUACUAGAGACGAUGAUGGUGAUGACGCUUAG